GCCACUAUUCAACUGUCAUCUAUUCUUUCUUAUCCGUGACGUGUAUUGUGAGUUGGGGAAAAAUUUCAAGAAAAUCUGAAAAAUUCUGGACCGAAAUCCCCGCCCACAGCUUUAUUCAAGCUUGUGACCAAGUCAUUGUUUUGACGCCUUCCUAAAAAUUCAAGAAUCGAAGAAAUAUAAGGUUUAGCUUGAGAAUUUGUCUUGCGAAAAGCGUAGACGGGCAAGAACAAUUGGAAGCAAACGUCAUAAGAACAAAGUAUAGAAGAAUUCGGAAGGAGUCGGUGUACGGGUUGGCUGUGCUUGUAGUAGUGGUUGUGCGGAAGAUUAAGAAAAUUGUUAGGCGAACAAGUGAAAAUGAGGAAAUAGUAUUAUCGACGUGAAUUGCUGUUCGAAGGGCCGAAGUGGAACUUUUUGCAGAUACGCGUUGGUAAAGUGCGUAAUCGACGACUGGCCGACGUUGGAGUUGUGGUGCACUUUUACUUCAAUUUUUGUUCACCUUUCUGUUUUAUUUUGUAUACGUAUAUGCUCCCCAUAAUAUCUGACCCAAAAGACUUAGGUUAACAAAUUGAAGGCAAUAAAGUUCACACCUGAUACUAACUGCUAACCCAAACCAGCGAAAACAUGAUGAAUGAGGACACAAGUACGCCGUCGGGCGGUGGAGUGAAGAUGUUUUUCGUGCGCCUAUCACAAAUGUACCAAUCGACCCUGGAUCGUUGGACGCCACAUACCAGAAUGCGUUGGGCGGGUGCGAUUCUGCUGAUAUUGCUCUUCCUGCUACGCAUCUUCAUUUACCAGGGCUGGUAUAUAGUAUGUUAUGCGCUGGGAAUAUACCAUCUAAAUCUGUUUAUUGCAUUUCUAACACCAAAAAUUGACCCAGAAUUUGAUCCAUACGAAAAUGAUGAGGAUGGACCAAAUUUGCCAACACGUAGUAACGAAGAGUUUCGGCCGUUCAUUCGAAGACUGCCGGAAUUCAAAUUCUGGUUGUCAAUCACGAAAAGUACAAUCAUUGGUCUGAUAUGUACAUUCUUUGACUUUUUCAAUGUGCCCGUUUUCUGGCCCAUCCUUGUGAUGUAUUUCAUUACACUCUUUUGCAUAACGAUGAAGCGACAAAUUAAGCAUAUGAUUAAGUACAAGUAUUUGCCAUUCACCCGCAACAAGCCGCGCUAUCAGCGUGUUGGUGAGUCACCCCCAACGACAAAGUGACAAUUAGCCGCACAGACACUGCAAAAAACAAACGACAGCCAAUCGACAACGGGUAUUACGUCGAUACAUGAGCAAAGAACAGCAACUACAACAUCAACUGUAGCUACAGCAGCGACAACAACGAUUGCCUCAGCGGCAACAUCAUCCAUACUAUCAACUGCACCUUUGGCAGUUGCGUCUACGAUAACAACAGCAAGCGUAGCAAAACCACCGCAAAUUAUAACUAUUGAGUAAAUUCAACUAAAGUACCACUACAAAAACUGAAUUAUAAAAAUGAAAAAUUCAAAGCAGCUACAAGAUUUAAAUUUCAUUAAAAUUAAAUUCGAUCAGUCCUUUUUAAUUUCUUUUUGUAACAUAAAUUCAACCAUACAUAACAAACACACAAACAACCCAUGCAACAAAUAUUAUUCACCACCGCAAUACUAUUUAUACAAAAAUAAUAAAUCCAAUUGUACGUUUUGGAUUCCUUCAAAUAUUUAAUAAUUUGCGCGCGUCAAGUCUUAUACAUUUUAAUAUUAUAUUAUCUUGACACAUUUGUUGUUUGCGUUUGCUUAGUUUUUAAUAAAAAUAAUUGUUGUUCUUAGCCACAUUAACGAUUUAAAAUCCUACUAAUUUGCCUUUCAACGAUAAACCGAUAAGGUUUUCGGUGAAUCAGUACUUGGUUUGGCUCUAAAUCGUUGAUGUUUAUUGUCGUGCGGUGUCCUGUGCAACAUAUUUAUAUGGUAUUGUCUUACUUUGUCUAAUAUUAUUAAGAUUAUUCUUCCUUCUUACUCCUAAAUUUUUUAUUUGUAUGCAACGUUAAUUUUAUUAUUAUUUUUAGUUUGAUUUGAGCGGGUCAUUGAUCGAGACACAUGCUUCAUUCAUACAAAUCACUCUUGUAACUUUAUUGACUGUAUUUGAAUAGCGAGCAAAAAACUACUUCAAUAUCGCAGAAUGAAGUGACUAUCGAGUAACUCCGACUUUGGAAAAAGCUGUUAAAAUCCUUUUGUAAUUUGGAUCCUUUUUAGUUCAAUUUAAUUUCCUUAAAGUUAAAUUUAAUUUCACUUUACACAAUUUGGUAAUGUUUUUCCGUUAUAUAUCCUAAUUAAUAUUUAAAUGUAUGCAAAUGUUAUAAUUAUAAUUAAAUAUGCCUAGCAUAGACAUUUAUAACCUAUUUUGAACGUAAACAUAUUCUAACAUAGUGCUUAUACCAUAUACUUAUACAUAGAAAAGUAAGUGUAUACAUAUAUGGAAGCUAUUAAUUUAGAUUACCAUAAAUGUUGUUUUAAAAAUGGUAAAGGCGAAAUAGAUUGAUUUAAGACAACUUUGUCGAAACUCACAGUUGCACGGCCAUUUUCGCAGAAUUUUAAAACUUAUUUAACAUGAAUUUGCUGAAAAGUGUAAAGAUUCAUGUGGUUUAUAAAUUAUGUAAAUUUACUAAAAUUUUUGUUUGUAAUUAAGUAAGUUUGUUUUUCCAAAAUUUACAAGAACUUCAAAAAACAGUUUUGCGCCGAAUUUUGUGAUUUGCUGACUGUAAAAUACUUAAACAUGAAUUUCAAAUCAAUAUCAACACACAUACAAACACAUGUAAGUGCAUCGUGAGUGGCGAAGUAUGGCAUAACAGUUUUCGAUUGUAAUAAUUAAUACCAAAUCAUUUGAAUAAAAUAUAAAUAAAAUACUUUAAGAGACCA